UAUAGUUACCAACAUAAAACUUACUUCCCCAACAGUAAACUAAAUGUAAUGAAAACAAUUGAAGGUCCCCCUAUAAGCUUACACUGUUUGCAUUAAAUAUAAAUACAGCAUAAAUAGUUCUUUAUAAAAACAAAAACAGUUACUUGUUGUGCAUAUGAAAACCUAACUUUAAUUGAAAUAUCGAUUACAAGGGCUAAAGUCGUCAAUCGCUUUAGCAAAACGUUCGAAUCAUUUGGACUCAAAUCUCAAAUCUCCAAUCAAAACGCUUGCAAAGAGGCAAAAGGAAAACAAAUAGCUCUCGAUGCACACAGUUACACCUACACAUCAGUAGAUGAGUGUGUGUGUGUAUUGAACAUACGCCGCAUAGGCCGGGCGGCUGCUGCUUGAGGCAAAUCCCCAAGCAGCACUUGAGGCAUAAAUCCAAACUCAAUCACGCAACAAGGUAGCACACGGCCUAUCCACAUUCACAUACACAUUCCCAUUCACAAUCAGGAUUAAAAGUCUUCGAAUCAGAUAGUGGCAGCCGACCAGACCAGACAAGAGCGACAGAGAUAAACGAUGAGCCAGGCCGGGCCGGAGUGAGUGCCUCUGAUAGCAUUGCGGUAAUCAUCAUCAGAGCAUCAUCAGCAUUAUCUCAGACUCUGUGCGUGUGUGGGUGCUCUCUUAGCUCCCCCCCUCUCCCUGCGCAGUGCUGCCAAAGAACGUUGAUUUAGUUUGCGGCCAAGACCUGAGCAUUGUAAACAUGCCAACACACCCCUCGACUACGGCCAGAUACUCAAUGACAUUUCGAGCCUGAUUCAAGGACGCGCACGGCAGCAAGUCCUGCGAAGGCCAAAAAUUAAGAACGCUAACAAUUUGCUUCGUCUUCAGAUUUUUUUGCUUGGAGGGCACGGAAAAGUGAGCAGCUGCGUAUCGUCAACAUGGCAAGACGAAACGAUUUAUCCGACUGGACAACAUUUGCAUGCAGAUUUAAUAAUGGCUACUAUGCUCUCCAUGUCGUUGUUGUGGCCAGCCACGGCUGAGCUGUGCCCACUCGAUCUCUGCCCCACUGUGAGCCAGAAUGCGGCCGCCAAUGGCCAUGCAGUCGCCUGCAGCAUUGCAGCAGAAUGAAGUGUUGUUCCAGCAGGCGCACGUUCAUGUACAUGCAACGCCAGCAGCACCGCCCACACAGUUACAGGCGACACAGCAUCCGCUCAGCUCAACGGGCCUAGAGUUGGAUCAGCAGCAGCAGCAUCAUCAUCAUCAGCAGCAGCAGCAGCAGCAAAAGCAGACCAAACUGCCACCACUCGAACUGCUCGUCGAGCACAAGCUUAGCUAUAGCUCAGCAGCCACAUAUCAGCAGCAGCAGCAGCAGCAGCAGCAGCCGCCUCAACAGGCGGCACAGGAUCUCCGAUAUUCCUCACAGGCGCACAGCGACGAUUGCCUGAGGAGCUCUGCACGCGCCUCCAUCUUUGAUGACGCCGCCGAGAAUUUCAUCAUAAACUUUCCGGCUGAGUCAUCGCUGCAAUUGCAGCCGCUUCUACCACUGUCGGAGACGGUGCCACUGCUGACGCACAUCGAGGCCACAGUGGUGGACAAACAGCGCUCCAUACGGCUCAGCAAGAACAGCGCCUCGCUCAUCUUUACCAAGAAGGAGCUCGGACCAAGCGGCGGCGGCGUCUGCCAGCAGCGACGCCAGCAUCACAGUUUGUACGGCGCCGGCGAGCGUCAGCGCAAGCAGACCAAACAUCUGCCGCCCACGCGCGGCCAGCAGCAGCGGCGCAGCCUACAGCUGAACUACAACAACAAUCUGGUGACCACUGCUGCAUGCAUCAACGCCGGCACGGCUGGCCCUAAUUACGCCGCCAACGGCGGCAAGCUUGUGCCGCACAAGCAUCACACACACAGUCACAGUCACGGUCACGGCCAGAGUCACGGUCACGGUCACGGCCAGAGUCACGCCGGCGUGGGGCUGACAUCGCCAACGGCGAACGGCGCCGGCGCCGCUGCCUCGACGCGCAAACAGCUCUCCUACUCCUGGUACGCGCCAGUCUAUAGUGCGCUCGAGGAGGAGCUGGAGCAGGAUUCGAGGGAUUCCUCGCCAAUUCACAAUCUGGCCAACACAAAGCAUCAGACACGCGUCAGCAGCCAGCACAGUGCCACUGCCUCGCAUGCCGCGCCGCAGCAUACCGACUCGGAGACAAACGAGACAGUUGCGCUGCUGGAGACGCAGACGCAGGCGCGCAACAAGAUCAACAUCAUUUCGGCUAGCGACGCAGCAGCUGAGCGCAAGGCGCAGCCGACGCGCGUCUCCCUCUCCCUGCCCGGCAACGGCCACAAUCGGAAUCAUUCGCUGUCGGUCAGCAGCCUCGGCCUGGGCAAUGGUGGCGCUGGAGCAGCCGGCACACUGCCGGCCGGAGUGCCGGAUGUGGAGAGCUCGCUGGGACUUACGGGCGCUCAGUUGCCACGGCGGCGUCGCUUCGAGAACUUUCUCAAGUCGCUGGUCGGGCUCAAGGGCAGCAGCAGUCGCGGCAGCGAAAAGGAUAAGGAGCGGGAGAGGGAGCGGGAACGGGAGCGGGAGCGGGAGCGUGAGCCGACGUCGAAUCAGCGACCCGCCUCGCCAGAAAUACGCAUCACACGCACGCCCUCGGAACAGGAUGUGGUGCUGCGCGAUCCCGCUGGCCGGCACCACAAUCACAACCACAACCACAACUACAACCACUACAACCACCAACAGCAGCAACAGUCCACCACCCAGCUAGCCAACGGUCAUCAGGGCAGCAGUCGGCUGAGCAUUAGCGGCUCGAGCAGCUCGCUGAAUGUGGUGCAGCAGAAGCUGUGGCACAUGGUGCGGCGCGAGGGCAGCGCCAGCAGUCUGCACCACGAGAAAUCACAGUCGAUUGUGCAAUAUACGGGCCUGCGCAAGUGCGAAACGGUCCUGGCUCUCACCCACCGGAGCCACUCGCUGCAUCCCAUGGGCUGUGCCGACGAGGGGCCCAGCAGUCGCGGCGGCAGCGGCAUCUUCAGUGCUGGCGGCGUGGAGCAAAUACGUCCGCUGAAUCGGCUGCGUAACAGUGUCAAUAGCAUCAAUGGAGCGGGCACCUGCUCGAGAUGCUCCAGCCUAUUGUCGUUGGCAGCUACCGGAUCACGUUACUCCUUGGCCAAUGGCUUUGUGCCGCGUCCCGAGUCGGCGCUGUCGCUGAGCAUAAAUCCGAAGCGCUCCAGUGCCUGCUACAUGGACGCUGCUGGGGAGGAGCAGCUGUCGGAGCCGACGCACAUCAAUGUCAAUGCGCAGAUACGACUGAGCGAUGGCAGCAAUGCAGCAGCGAUGCCAGCAACAACGACACUAACUGCUGCGCCUCCUGCUGCGCCUCCUGCUGCUGUUGCUGUUGGCUGUGGUUCACGCAAAAGUUCCGCUGGCCUGCCAAGUGUCAGCAGCCCAAGUCCGCCGUCCAAUGUAACCACAGCAACGAUGCACUCCACCAACAACAGCAACAACAAUACCAAUGGGAUCAAUGGCAACAGCGAGGAGCAACCGAGCACGGCCAGCAGCACAGCUGCCGGAGGUGGCAUCGAACUGGGCGCCUUUGGCACCACCCAUGCAUAUCCACUGACUGUCAGCUCACUGCAGUCCAUGGCCAAUGCCAAUCAGGCGGCUCAGGCCUGCUCCGUGCGCGAUGGCAUCACACUGAAGCGGCGCGAAAUGCUCGCCUCGGCGGAUGUGACGCCAUCAGCGGGCACACCGGCCACGCCCAUACAAUUUCAGCAAUUCACCUGCAAGCUCUGCCUCAUCGAUGUGGAGCAAGCCGCCGAGGCCACAACGCUGCUGCAAUGCGGCUGCCAGUUCUGCACUGAGUGCAUGCGCGCCUAUGUGGACUUUGAGAUAACCGAAGGCGCCUACGAGAUCUCCUGCCCCGAUGCCAAAUGCCCCGCCCAGGGGGCCAUCUCGCUGCCCGAAAUCGCGAACCUAACCACAACGAACUUGCUAAAGAAACAUCAUCGUUAUCGCCUAAAUCGAGAAAUCGAAUUGGAUAAAACGCGCACCUGGUGUCCACGUGCCGGCUGCGAGACAAUUUGCAUGGUGGGCACAGCAAGCACAGCUGGUGAUGCGGCUGCCACGGCUGCCAAUGGUACAACGACUGGACUGGCGGGCAGCGCGAUUUGCCAAAUGGAUGAAUCGCCAUCCACAUCCCAGAGCUAUACUCCACAACAGGAUGGUGCUCAGCCACUGCUCUCGAUAUCGGUGCAUUGUCCAUCCUGCAAGGAUGAGUUCUGUGCUCUCUGCAAGAAGGCGUAUCAUCCAAACAUAAGCUGUGAGGAAUUCGGACGUCGUCUGAUUGCUGAUGGCCAGGAUGAUAUUGGCAUACCGUUCGAUAACGAGCUCAUCAAAUGCUGCCCCAUGUGCGCGGUGCCCAUUGAGAAGGACGAGGGCUGCGCCCAGAUGAUGUGCAAGCGGUGCAAGCACGUCUUCUGCUGGUACUGUCUGGCCAGUCUCGAUGAUGACUUUCUGUUGCGUCACUAUGACAAGGGACCGUGCAAGAAUAAAUUGGGUCACUCGCGUGCCUCUGUCGUCUGGCAUCGUGCUCAAGUCAUUGGGAUAUUUGCCGGCUUUGGCAUUUUGCUGCUGGUGGCGUCGCCGCUGCUGCUGCUAGCUGCGCCGUGCAUCAUUUGCUGCAAGUGCCGCGGCUGCAGCGGCUCCAAGAUUGAUGAGGUGGACGCUGAGCUGGAGGAGGAGGUUACCGCACUGCAGGGCUAGCUUCUGAUUGAUAAUCAUUUCAACUCACUUUAGCUGCCCGCUGUCCGCUGUCCCCCCACUUUUUAAACCGACCUGACGAGUUAUGUUCUUUUCUUCAUUUUUUUUUUUUAUUACUAUUUAACAUGCGACUAAUUAGAUGGUUGCAUAACUACAUAUAUUGUUAUUGACAGACCGUUUAAAUUUAUUUUAAUUGUAUGCAUUGUAUAGUAUGUGUUAACUAAAUUGUGAUAUUUACAGUGAUUCGAUUUAUAAUUGAAUCGAAAAUUUGUUGAGCCUAUACAGAGAAAAAAGCGCGCCUUUGAUUCAUUUCUUGUUUUAGGUUUCGUGUCGAUUUCUUUACAUACAUAUACGCCGAUAUCUGUGUAAGCGCGUAUAUGUGUGCGUAUCCGUAUAUAUAAAUAUGUAUAUGUAUAUGAAUAUGAAUAUGUAAUGUAUGUAAAUCUAUCAAUUGUUUUAUUUUUGUCCAUUCAAGAAGAUUGUAUACAUUGUGUAAGCCCAAACAACAUUUUAGCGCGUAAGUUAGCCUAAAUCUACUAGCCCACUAUAGCAUUUUAUAUAUAACUCUCAUAUAUUUCAAAAUGUGCUGCUUUUAUAUCAAGAACACACACACAUAUAUAUACACACACCCACACAAAUCCACGCAUAUGACCCUUUUCUCAAGUAUUACGGAAUAACGCACGCAAAUUUGAAAAACAAUUAAUCAGCGUAAAAUGUUAAUUGAUUUCAAAUGUUUAUGCAUCUGCUUGGAAAUGCUUUUAACUACCUAUAUAAAUAAAUAAAUAAAACACAAGAAAAAUGAAAUAACACAACAAA